CCGGAAAUGUGUUCACGUCACAGGACUGUCUGUGAUUAGGUAGUGGCAAAAAUAACCGUCAGACAUCAGUAGUAAAUCUCGACUGUGGCGUAAGCCAGCAUGGCCUCUGCCCCAGCACAGCAGCCCACUCUCACUGUAGAGCAAGCCAGAGUUGUUCUGAGUGAGGUGAUCCAGGCCUUUUCCGUGCCGGAGAAUGCAGCCCGCAUGGAGGAAGCCAGAGAGAGCGCCUGCAACGACAUGGGCAAGAUGCUGCAGCUUGUGCUGCCUGUGGCCACCCAAAUCCAGCAGGAGGUCAUCAAAGCAUAUGGGUUCAACAAUGAGGGAGAAGGUGUACUGAAAUUCGCUCGACUAGUAAAGAUGUAUGAAACUCAGGACCCAGAGAUUGCAGCUAUGUCAGUGAAACUCAAGAGUAUCUUACUGCCUCCUCUCUCCACUCCUCCAAUUGGGAGUGGAAUUCCAACCUCAUAGAACAACAGCACAAACUCCCGGUCAGUGGAGCACUUUGUGUGCACGUGUGGCUUUAAGCGGGGAUGGUUAAAAUCCAAAUGUUACAAAAACAAAACAUUAGUGCUUAUUUCCACAUUCCCAUUUUCUUCAUAUUCAGUUAAUUCAAAUUAAAACAUUUAGAUCUUUUUUUGUUAUAUUUAUUAAUUUUCCUAUUGUAUUUCCUGUGCUAGACGUGCAUAUAUUUAUCAAAUGUGACACUCAUUUGUGAAUUUUAUUUGGAAGUUCUGUUGUUUUUAAAUCUUUUUAUACAGUUUUUGUCUGUGACACGAUCUUUAUGCGAUUAUCAAAUAAACAGUGUUUGUCCAAUAAAAUAUUUUUUACUUAAAGAAAAA